AUGAGGGCUUUUCUCUACUCUCAAGAUGAAAACAUGUGGAAUAUAGUUGAGAAUGGAUGGGAACACCCAACCAAGGCCGAAGAAUCAAAGAAAGUAGAAGGGUCCUCUGCAAGGGUUCUCAAACCUAGGAAGGAAUGGACAGAAGAAGAAGUUCGUGAUAGAACUUGUGACUUUAAGGCAAGGAAUUCACUAUUCACAGCUUUGUCCAAGAAAGAGAGGAUGAGAAUUAGCCACUGUGACACAGCCAAACAAGCUUGGGAUCUACUUCAGGUUACUUAUGAGGGAAACAAGAAGGUUAGAGGUCAGAAGCUUCAAAGACUCGUAUUGGAAUUUGAGAACAUGACCAUGGGGGAAGAUGAAUCAAUUGAUGAUUUUCAUGCUCGACUUCUCAAUGUGACAAACCAAUGCUGUAGCCUUGAUGAUCCAUUUGAGGAGCAUCGAAUAGUCAAGAAAUUUCUCAGAGCUCUUCCCUCAAAAUUUCAAGCCAAGUAUAAUUUGCGUGGAAACAAGGCUCUAAAAUCUACUUGGAGUGAUAGUGAUGAAGGCUCUCAGUCAGAUGGUGAAGAGGUAAAUCUUGCUCUUACUUCCUCUCUUAAUAUUGAUGUUUCUGAUAAUUCUGACUUAGAAGAUGAUACCCUUGAUGAAGAAACAAAUGUCAAGUGUAAGCAAUUAUAUCAUGCUUCGAAAAUUAUUCUUCGAAAAAAUUAUACACUUGAAAAAGAAGUUGAUUCUUUAAGAGAAGAAAAAGAGAAAAUUGAGCUACAAUUUGAAACUUCUCUAAAAGAAUGGAAUGUUGAGCGUACUAACCUUGUUGAUAAGAUAAAAGUUUUGCAGGAUGAGGUUAAGUCUAAAGUUGGGGACAAGGAACAUGGAUGA